AUCAAAUUAUACUACUAUAACUAUAACCUACAAAAAAAUAAAAUCUUGUAAAUACUUAUUAGUUGGAAAAUUAUAUAUCGAAAAGGCAAUCCUUUAAGCUCAGAACUGGAAACACCGAAAACACCCUCCAACCACGAUCUAAUUCCCCCAUCCAACAGUAGCUGAUUCUACUCCACACAGAGAGGUAAAAGAGAUCAAAGGUUCCAUUCUUUUCUCGGGCAAAAUGGCGUCGGCGUUGAGAUCCAGCAUUCUCCGCCACAUUCGGGUCCCGGCAUCGGGGCCUCUGAACCUAAAAGGAUCCAGUUUGCUCGCCUUUCGAUCAAUGUCAUCGCACGGAGACGAUCACCUCGACAAACAGGAGGUGGUGGAUCGGGUUCUCGAUGUCAUCAAGAGCUACCCCAAAGUCGACCCAUCCAAGGUGACGCCGGAUGUUCAUUUCCAGAAGGAUCUGGGGCUAGAUAGCUUAGACACAGUAGAGAUUGUGAUGGCUCUUGAGGAAGAGUUUAAGCUGGAAAUUCCUGAUAAGGAGGCUGACAAAAUCGACUCGUGUCCGCUCGCGGUAGAAUAUAUCUACAACCACCCGAUGUCUAGCUAAGAAGUUAUGCAUGGCUUUUGUCUAUUUCGGGUGGGUUUUUAUCUCUUUUAUUCCAAUUAGAUGGUUGUUUUGCAUGAACUUGGGAUUUUAGGUUUGGCUCCAGAAUGGGAAAUAAGUAUGUCUCAUUUGAUAAAAUAGGUAUCCCUAAACUGGAGUUCAAUAAUUUGUACUGUUUGUACUUGCAAAGUAUUUGCUGAGUGCAUGAUGUUCUUAUAUUAUCAGAUGGAUUAUUUGUCAUUCACAGGGUUUACUUUCAUUACAGACUUCAUUCCUUCUNUAU